CCCUUUGCAGCCCUUUAUGCAUGCGUUUCACUUUGAACCGAUUUACAUUAAAAGUAAUGUACAUAUGUACAUAUACAUAUGACACAGGACGCAAUGCAACAGUGUUGUUUCUGUUGCAUUAUAUAUUCUACUUUAUGCAUGUACUUUUGGACAUUAAUAUGUGUGUAUACUAGUGUUAUAAAUUUGAACUGAAAAAUUUCAGAAAAAUCUAGUUCGUUCGAUAAAAUUCUUUUACGUAAAUACUAGCGUAUUGUUAUAAGUGUGUAAGAACUCAGAUGAUGACCAAAUAAUAUCAACUGGUUGGCAGCAGAUGCAUUUUUGCACUUUAUCAUAUUGUAAUUAAAGAUUGAGGAAUGGCUGAAAAUGCUUCUUCAUCAAAUGUAGAGGAAAAGACUACUUCCUCAGCUAUGACACAGUGUUAUGAAAAUUAUAUCAUAGUUGAUGUUGGUGCCAACCUUACAAAUAAAAAAUAUAGCAGAGAUUUAGAUAGUGUAAUUCAAAGAGCAAAGGAUGCUGGUGUACAGAAAAUUAUGGUAACUGGUGCAAGUAUUCGAUCUAGUAAAGAAGCAUUGCGAUUGACAAGAAUAUAUCCUGGUACUCUUUAUUCUACUGCUGGUGUGCAUCCUCAUGAUGCUAAAUCAUGGGAAAAUCCAGACACUUUACAAGAACUUGAGAGUAUAGCUAGCAAUCCUGAAUGCGUAGCAAUAGGAGAAUGUGGUUUAGAUUAUAGUCGUGAUUUUUCUGAUCCUGAAACACAACGUGCAGUGUUUCAUAAACAAGUAGAACUUGCGAGUCAAUUAAAUAAACCACUAAUAAUACAUGAAAGAGGAGCUCAAGCAGAUGUUUUAGAAGUUUUAAACCAUUAUAAGAAUUGUUUACCACCAGUUUUAAUUCACUCCUUUAUUGGAACUGCAGGGGAAGCUCAAGUAUAUUUAGAUCACGGCUUUUAUUUAGGGAUUACUGGAUAUUUGUGUAAAGAUAAAUCUGAUAGUGGAAUAAGACAAUUACUAGAAAGGGGAAUUGCACCUUUAGAAAGAAUAUUAAUAGAAACAGAUGCUCCAUUCAUGUAUCCUAAUACUAGAGCUAGUAAACUACCCGCACAUGUUAAAGAUGCUCUUACCGAACGAUCUAUGACAUUUCUUCAUCGUUAUUGUACUUUUCAACGUAAUGAACCAUGUGCCUUACCAGCAAUAGUGGAAAUGGUAGCAGCAUUUAUGCAAAUUACUCCGGAAGAAGUUGCUUUAGCCACUGCUUUCAAUGCUUUGAAAUUGUUUGGCUUGAAUCAGUAACAUUAAAAAUUACUUUUCAUCUGAAGAUGGUGCUAUUUGGUGCUAUUUAACAGCUGGGUUAUUCGAUUAAGAAAAUAUUGCCUCUUUCUAUGUUAAAAAUUAUCAUUUGUGUGUCUGUACAAGUGUACAUCUUACAAUAACAGUAACACAUAUUAAUAUUGUUACAAAACAGCAAUUGUGACAAGUAGUUCGUAUAAAAUUUUUACUUUAUUUAUAUGUUAAUAGAUUUUGCCUUUUAUAUAUGUUAUUCAUAUAUUUAUACAAUAUGAAACAUUUCAUUUAUUAUGGUAUAAUAGAUGUUUUUUAAGAAUAUUUAUGAAAUACAUAAGAGACCGAAAUCGUAUAACUUUAUUGUUGAUGUUAUAUUUUCGUAUAAAUAAAUUGUUACACUGAUGUACAA